GACACACACGCCACCCCGGAGCCGGGCAACACGAACCACCUGCAGUGUUUGUGGAGGCUUAGCGAAUUUUGAGAUUUCAAGGAAAAUGAUUCCCUCUCCGGGGGCCCUGCCUAGUAGCAGGGAUGAGCAAGAAGGAAUAGAUCCUCCCUCAGUCCUGGGCAAGAGAAGCAGGACGCAGGCCCUGGUGUGGCCAAGGGAUUCAGCAGUCCAGGGCGCCCCUUGGAAGCCUAAGCGCAGGCGCGACAAGUACUGCCGAGCUGCCUUUGUGGUCCUCCUGAGGAAAGGGAGAAAGAUGGCCAACGACAGGGGCCUGAUAAGCCCCAGUGAUUUCGCCCAGCUGCAGAAGUACAUGGAAUACUCCACCAGAAAGGUCAGCGAUGUCCUGAAGCUCUUCGAGGAGGGCGAAAUGUCAGAAUAUCUCCAAGGAGAUGCCAUUGGGUACGAGGGAUUCCAGCAAUUUUUGAAAAUCUACCUGGAAGCAGAUAACAUCCCCAAUCACCUAAGCCUGGCAUUGUUUCAAUCCUUCAAGACGGGUCACUGCUUAGAAGACACUGUGAUACGUGAUGUGGUGUGUCUCAGUGACGUCUCCUGCUACUUUUCCCUUUUGGAGGGUGGCCGCCCAGAAGACAAGUUAGAAUUCACCUUCAAGCUGUACGACACGGACAGAAAUGGGAUCCUGGACAGCUCAGAAGUGGACAGAAUUAUCAUACAGAUGAUGCGAGUGGCUGAGUACCUGGAUUGGGAUGUGUCUGAACUGAGGCCGAUUCUUCAGGAGAUGAUGAAAGAAAUUGACUAUGACGGCAGCGGCUCUGUCUCCCUCGCUGAGUGGCUCCGGGCUGGGGCCACCACCGUGCCACUGCUAGUGCUGCUGGGUCUGGAGAUGACUCUGAAGGACAAUGGGCAGCACAUGUGGAGACCCAAGAGGUUCCCCCGACCGGUCUACUGCAACCUGUGCGAGUCGAGCAUUGGGCUUGGCAAACAGGGGCUGAGCUGCAACCUCUGUAAGUACGUCGUUCAUGACCAGUGUGCCAUGAAGGCUUUGCCUUGUGAAGUCAGCACCUAUGCCAAGUCUCGGAAGGACAUUGGUAUCCAGUCACAUGUGUGGGUGAGAGGAGGCUGUGUGUCUGGCCGUUGUGACCGGUGUCAGAAGAAGAUCCGCAUUUACCACAGUCUAGUUGGACUGCAUUGUGUGUGGUGCCACCUAGAGAUUCAUGAUGACUGCCUGCAAGCCAUGGGUCAUGAGUGUGACUGUGGGCUGCUCCGGGAUCACAUCCUGCCUCCAUCUUCCAUUUAUCCCAGUGUCCUGGCCUCUGGACAGGAGCGUAAAAUUAGCAAAACAAGCCAGAAGACCUUGGAUGACUUAAAUUUGAGCACCUUUGAGGCUCUGCGGAUUGAUCCUGUACCUAAUACCCACCCACUUCUGGUCUUCGUCAACCCUAAGAGUGGCGGGAAGCAGGGGGAGAGGGUGCUUUGGAAAUUCCAGUAUCUACUAAAUCCUCGACAGGUAUUCAACCUCCUAAAGGAUGGUCCUGAGCCAGGGCUCAGAUUCUUUAGGGAUGUUCCUGGUUGCCGGAUUUUGGUGUGUGGUGGAGAUGGCACAGUAGGCUGGAUUCUAGAGACCAUAGACAAAGCCAACUUGCCUGUUGUGCCUCCCGUUGCUGUGUUGCCCCUGGGCACUGGAAAUGAUCUGGCUCGUUGCCUGAGAUGGGGAGGAGGAUAUGAGGGACAGAAUUUGGGGAAGAUCCUCAAGGAUUUAGAGAUGAGUAAGGUGGUACAUAUGGAUCGAUGGUCCGUGGAGGUGAUACCUCAACAAACUGAAGAAAAGAGUGACCCAGUCCCCUUUCAAAUCAUCAAUAACUACUUUUCCAUCGGUGUGGAUGCCUCUAUUGCUCACCGAUUCCAUAUCAUGCGAGAGAAAUAUCCUGAGAAGUUCAACAGCAGAAUGAAGAACAAGCUCUGGUACUUCGAAUUCGCCACUUCUGAAUCUAUCUUCUCAACAUGCAAAAAACUGGAGGAGUCUUUGACAGUUGAGAUCUGUGGGAAACCACUGGAUCUGAGCAACCUGUCCCUAGAAGGCAUUGCGGUGCUGAACAUCCCUAGCAUGCAUGGUGGUUCCAACCUCUGGGGUGAUACCAAGAAACCUCAUGGAGAUAUCCAUGGGAUCAACCAGGCCUUAGGCCCUGCAGCUAAAGUCAUCACUGACCCAGACAUCCUGAAAACCUGUGUACCAGACCUGACUGACAAACGGCUGGAAGUAGUUGGGCUGGAGGGUGCAAUUGAGAUGGGCCAGAUAUAUACCAAGCUCAAGAAUGCUGGACGUCGGCUGGCCAAGUGCUCUGAAAUCACCUUCCACACCACAAAAACCCUCCCCAUGCAAAUUGAUGGAGAACCCUGGAUGCAGUCGCCCUGUACAAUCAAGAUCACCCACAAGAACCAGAUGCCCAUGCUUGUGGGCCCACCCCCUCGCUCCUCCAAUUUCUUUGGCUUCUUAUGCUGAGGGGGACACUUCAGCCUCCAAGCCAGCCUUGAACCCACCUCAUCAUCCCUGGACUCUCCUCCUAGGCUCUGUACAUUGCUGCCACACCUCCUGCCAGCUCAGGGGAGUGUUCCUUCACCCUCACAGUAUUUAUUAUCCUGUACCACCUCCACUAUUCUCCAUGCACAUGUGUGUGCACGCGUGCACGUGCGCACACACACCCACAUGCCACUAACACAUACAUUGAAAGUGCCUCAUCUGAAUAAAAUAACUUUUUCCCCUCACUGGGGUAUCUGUUAA